AUGCCGUCCCCCCCCGCCCCUCAACAAGCGCCCCUCCCCCAAAGACUCGCCCCGGCCCUUGAGCCACCAAUCGCCCACCCCCCUCGAAGACUCGCCCCGGCCCAGCUCGUCGGAUCCACCCAUCAGCCGGUCGACACCCCACCUCAGCCCGUCGCCUACCCCCACCAACCCGUCGCCUACCCCCCCGCCCCGCCUCGCGCUUCCUCGACCAAAGAUCGUACGAUGUAUGGAUCACCAACGAAUAUAGGAAGCGAAUAUAGGAAGGUUGCCCUCCACCACUUGUCUCCCGACCUACACACUGAAGCCAAGAACAAGGUCAGUAACAGGGCUGACGACCACCGGGCCUUUUCUGUCUGGCCUAUGGUCCUCUUUCCCCUCUUCGGGUUGAGUCUGGGCAUUGCGGUCUGUUUCGUUGGGUAA